AUGGUCCGGAAGCAACCAAACACGAAACAAAAGAAGCCCGCGACCCGAGCUUCGGCCUCAGCAUCAUCACCAAACAAUCCUCUCCCCACGCCGUCCACCACCGACGACGCGCCGCCGCAGCUCAGCAUCCCGCGCCAGCAGCGGCUCCUCGACCUCUUCGCCGCCGCCUUCGCCCCCGCGCUCGCCGCGCCGUCCCUCCCCGCCGAGCUGCAGGCCAUCAAGCAGGCGCUGUACCUCCGCGACUUUGCCGCCGCCUUUGGCCGCCCCGACCGGCUCGCCGCGUACGCCGCGCGCUGGAGCCCCACGCGCGCCCUCUGCUACGCGGGGGUCUUCCGGAGCUACCUGCCUGCGGCGGCGGCGGCGGCGGCGGGGGGCAGGACCAGGAUGAUCUGCGUCGGCGGGUGCGCGGCCGAGCACGUUGCCUUCGCCAGCUACCUGGAAGGGGCGGGGGGGGACCUGACGCUGGUGGACGCAGCGCCGUGGGGAGAGGUCGCGGAGAGGUUGCAGGAGGUGAUUGCCGCGCCGCCGCCGCUGUCGAGCUACGCCUCGGCCGCGGCGCGGGCGGCGAACGGCCCGUUGGUGGAAGCGGGCCGUCUGCGGCCGCGCGUGCUGCAGCGGGAUGCGCUGCGGAUCACGGACGCCGAGUGGGCGGAACUGCUCCUGGCGCCGGCCGGCGACGGGGCGCAGGUGGUGGUCACGCUGCUGUUCACGCUCAACGAGCUGUACACGAGCGGCGGCGUCGCGGCCACUACCCGGUUCCUCGCCGCGCUCGGCGCCGCGCUGCCGGACGCCGCGCUGCUGCUGGUCGUCGACAGCCCGGGGAGCUACUCCGAGGCGGCGGUCGGCAAGGACAGCAAGCGAUACCCGAUGCAGUGGCUGCUGCACCACACGCUCACCGAGCAGCAGGCCGGUGCCGCGACGGCGUGGCGGUGGACACGGCUCGAGUCGCAUGAUUCUCUCUGGUUCCGCCUCUCGGAUCAGUUGACGUACCCGAUCCAGCUGGAGAAUAUGCGCUACCAGUUACAUCUGUAUAGGAUAGACAAGACACCAUCGACAUGA